AACAAUCCUCCUCCCUCCUACAGCACAUGCUCCAUCCUCUUGGGGCAGCCGGUGCAUGUUCAAGGUGCAGUCUUGGUGGAAGUGAACCAACAACAAUACAAUUCUAACUGGGACAGUUCGCAGGGCUGACCACAUCAGAGCCAUUGACACUGUGGACUGUUCAUCAUCAGAUCAACACACUGAAGAGGCAGAGGACCCAAACCUCAUCUGGCUUCAAGUAGACCACUUGCAACAUCUGGAGAAGCAGGUUGGGCAGCAAAAUGAUUCUUCUACUGAGCCUUCUCUGCACCUUGUGCCUGGUUGGUCCCGUUCUAGGCCAGGACAUGCCUUAUGAGGAAUAUAUGGCCCAGAUCCAGGCCUGCCCCAAAGAGUGUCGCUGCCCCCCAAACUUUCCACGCGCUGUCUACUGUGACAAUAAAGGCUUGAAGAGCAUCCCCAAUAUCCCCCCUUAUACUUGGUAUCUCUACCUGCAGAACAAUCUCAUAGAAGUGCUGUCGGCAGAUUCACUACGCAAUGCCACAGAGCUGCGCUGGCUGAACAUAAAUCGCAACAAAAUCACCACUGAGGGAGUAAAAGAAGGUGUCCUGAAUGCAAUGUCUCACCUGGCGCACCUCUACAUGGAUGACAACCUCUUGUCUUCUGUGCCAUCUCCCCUGCCAGCCAGCCUUGAACAUCUGCGUCUCUCUCGCAAUCGUAUCUCCAAGAUCCCUCCUGGUGUCUUCAAUGGGCUGGAAAAGCUGAACCUCUUGGACCUGCAGGGAAACAAGCUAAUGGAUGAUGAUGUUACUGAGGUGAGCUUGAAGGGUCUAAACAGCCUGAUACAGAUAAACCUAGCCAAGAAUCAGCUGAGUCGCAUGCCACUUGGCCUACCACCCACCACCACCCAGCUUUUUCUUGAUGGCAACAACAUUGAGAAGAUCCCAUCUGGCUACUUCAAAGGCUUGCCGAAAGUGGCAUUUCUGAGGCUCAACCACAAUAAGCUUGGCAGCAGUGGGGUUCCAAAGAAUGUAUUCAAUGUUUCCAGCAUUUUGGACUUACAGCUGUCACACAACCAGCUGACUGAGGUCCCCCUCAUUCCUUCAGGCCUUGAGCACCUUCACCUGGACCACAACAGGAUCGGAAAUGUUAGUGGCUCCAAUGUGUGUCCUGUAGACCUGGAGACUUUGGAUGACUCAGUCAAUGAAAGUGUUCCUCGACUGCGCUACCUCAGACUGGAUGGCAAUACAAUCAAGCCACCAAUUCCCCGGGAUGUCAUUCUGUGCUUCCGUCUCCUGAGGUCCAUCGUCAUCUAAAAAUGUCAUAAGCUUAUUUCUGCCUCAUCUGUUACACUUGUGAAUUUAUGCAAAAGAAAUGGGUUAAAAGUAAUAUUUGCAUGUUUGGUCAAUAUUUGACACUUGUUCCCAUCAAGUUGUUUUUUUGUUCUGACCAAGGGGAAGGUACAUUUUAGAUUCCGAAAAAUUAUUUUCAGUGGAAUUUAAAUAAAAUCUAAAAGAAAGUAUAAGAUUUGGAACGCAUUGGUUUUAAUGUUUAUUUAGGCUGCAAUCUGUUGACUACUAGUUGUGCCUUAUGAGGAUAUAAGCAUCUGUAUGUACAGUUGACCAUGACAAUGUGAUUUGAUUUAGAUGAAAAAGGAGAUCAUC